UGCCGCUACUUUUUGAACCAAAAAAAAGCAACAAACCAAACAGAACCAAAAGCUUCUCCAGCAAUCUUGCAUCUUCCACACACUCUUAUAAUUCUUCCAUUUCUUUAUCACAAUCACUCUCUAUUCAAUUUCAACUUCAAUCCAAAACAAAUCCCUAAUUUUACUAAACCCUAAUUAUUCCAAACCCUAACAAUGGAAUCUGAACGAAAACGAAAACGAAACCCACUUUCCGAUCGCACCAACACUUUCUCAUCCGUUCCCCCAAAAUCAACCAAACCUAAAACCAAUUUCACCUCUACUACCGCGAAUCUCAAUGUUGCUUCAAACCGUAUCUCCGUUGCACCGGAGUUUCUUUCAACGCCUUUGCCCAAUACCCGGUCUCGUCGUGGGACUGUUGAUGGUGAAGCUUCUAAGCCUAUUUCUGUAGUAUACAGUAUAAGGAAUCCUUCAAAUAAAAGGAAAGAAAAAGAGAAAGAGAAAGAAUCAGUCAUUCGAAGGAAGGAAGUGGAAACUCCUUCAAGUAGAACACCCGUGGAUAGAUGGAAAGUCUUUUUAAAGGGGAAGGGAGUCGACAUUGCUUCAAGUAGCACGUCCAAGGAUAUAUCGAACGAACCUACAAUACCCUGCAAAAAACAACCUACAACCAAAUUCACCACCACUACUGCCGAGAAUCUUGAUGUUGCCUCAAGCCGUAGCUCUGUUGCACCGGAUUUUCUUUCGACGCAUUUUCCCAAUCCCCAACCUCGUCCCGGGACUGUUGAUCUUGAAGCUUCUAGGAAGGAGAAAGAGAAUGAAUCGGUCAUUCAAAGGAAGGAAGUGGACACUCUUUCAAGUAGAAUACCCGUGGAUAGAUGGUACACCUAUUCAAAGGAGAUGGGGGUGGACAUUGUUUCAAGUAGAACGUCUAAUCAAAGGGAGGAUAAAGAGAAGCGAGUGGACACUGCUUCAAGUAGCAUUCCCAUGGAUAUGCGGAACGAACCUACAAUACCCUGCAAAAAACAACCUACAACCAAAUUCACCACUACUACCGAGAAUCUCAAUGUUGCCUCAGACUCUAGCUCUGAUGAACCGGAUUUUCUUUCAACGCCUUUUCCCAAUACCCGGCCUUGUCAUGGGACUGUUGAUCUUGAAGCUUCUGCACCUAUUUCUAUAGUAUUCGGUCGAAGGAAUUCUUCAAAUAAAAGGAAGGAGAAAGAAAAUGCAUCGGACUCUCCUGCAGGUAGUGUGCCUAUUAAAAAGAAUGGGAAGAAUAAAGGAAAGGAUAAAGGAAGGGAUAAAGUGGACAUUCCUUCAAGCAUCACGCCCAUGGAUAGAUGGAACAAACCUGCAAAUAGCAAUACCAUUAAAAGGAAGGAUAAAAGCAAGUCAACUUCGAGGGUCUGUAAUACUAGAGAGAAAAGUGCAAAUCCACCCAAGGCCAAGGCAUCCUCAGUCCCUUGUAGAAAGAAGCAGCGUGCCAAACCAUCUUUAGUGAAUGUGUACAAGGAUCCCGCAGUGCAAGAUUAUAUCAAGAAACAAAAUGCUUACUUUAAAAUGAUUGACGAAUUUGAACUGUCCGAGGAGGAGGUUGACUCUAUUAGUGACAGCUAGAAAAGUGGUAAACUGAUUGAUGAAUUUGGACUGUCAAUGUAGGAGAUUAUAUCUUUUGAUAGUCGGGAAAGUGGUAAAGAUGUAAGUAUAAGUAGCAGCUUAGAGCUUCUUUUUAGUGGGAGGUUGUAUAGUUUUUUCACAAUGAAUUACUACUACAUCAGUGUUACAUUUCUGACCAAAUAAGUAAAGUUAAGUUCUUAAUAGUAUUGGUAGGAGGCCAAUUGGAAAUUGAAGUGAAAAUUGUUUAACACUUACACGCAUGAGCCGAUAUGAAA